CGGUACCUUCGAUGCCCAGCGACUAUGUCGUCCCCUGGUUUCGCGUAACGGCUGCGGAGGGAAGGGCUUAGCGGUAUUGCUUCUCCCCUGGCAGAAGCGACGACAGCGCGGCACAGUAGCCACCAGCAAUGGGGUCCAGGAUCAGGAAAUAUCCAGCGACGACUUUUGAAGUGUAUGCGGAAGUUACACGGCCCGAGACUGGUGGUUCAGAUCCUGAGGUGCGGAGGCAAUUCCCCGAGGACUUCAGCGACCAGGAAGUUCUGCAGACAUUGACCAAGUUUUGUUUCCCUUUCUAUAUGGACAGCCUUACAGUCAGUCAAGUUGGCCAGAACUUCACAUUUGUACUCACUGACAUUGACAGCAAGCAGAGGUUUGGAUUUUGCCGCUUAUCUUCUGGGGCUAAGACUUGCUCCUGCUUCCUAAGCUAUUUACCUUGGUUUGAGGUUUUCUACAAGCUUCUGAACAUCUUAGCAGAAUACACUGCCAAAGGCCAGGACUGCCAGUGGAAGAAUUUACUGCAUUUAUUGUACUGCAUUGUCCCUCCGCAGCCAGGUACUGCCGUGCAGUUAGGUGUGCAUUUGUACUUUACUCCACCUAAUAACCAGGAACUUCCUAGCAUACCAGAAAAUAGAAACCUGACAGAGUAUUUUGUUGCAGUGGAUGUUAACAACAUGCUCCAUCUUUAUGCCAGUAUGCUGUAUGAGCGGCGAGUUCUCAUCACCUGCAGCAAGUUAAGCACUUUAACAGCCUGCAUCCACGGCUCAGCAGCUAUGCUCUACCCCAUGUACUGGCAGCACGUUUACAUUCCGGUUCUCCCUCCACAUCUCCUGGACUACUGCUGUGCGCCGAUGCCCUAUCUCAUCGGAGUGCAUUCAAGUUUAAUGGAGAAAGUGAGGAACAUGGCUUUAGAAGAUGUAGUGAUAUUAAACGUGGACAACAAUACACUGGAGACACCAUUUGAUGAUCUUCAAAGCCUUCCUAAUGAUGUGCUGGCAGCACUGAAGAACCGACUUAAGAAAGUUUCAACAACCACUGGGGAUGGAGUUGCUCGUGCAUUUUUGAAGAGUCAAGCAGCCCUCUUUGGUAGCUACAGGAAUGCUCUGAAGAUCGAACCUGCAGUCCCUGGGUUACGAACGAGUUCCAUUCCUGAGUCUGUCUUUAAGUCGGAUUUGUACGAGGAACCCAUAACGUUCAACGAGGAGGUUUUUGUUUCACACCGCUCGAGUGCCAUGAGGCAGUUCCUACAGAAUGCCAUUCAACUGCAACUCUUCAAGCAGUUCAUUGACGGUCGACUAGAUCUGCUGAAUUCUGGGGAAGGAUUUAGUGAUGUAUUUGAGGAGGAGAUAAAUAACGGCGAAUAUGGAGGAGGAAGCAACAAAUCCUAUCAUCAGUGGCUGUUCACAGUGAAGAAAGGAAGUGGGGCCCUCAUAAAUACAAUGAAGACAAAGGCAAACCCCGCAAUGAAGACAGUGUACAAGUUUGCAAAGGACCAUGCGAAAAUGGGAAUAAAAGAGGUGAAAAAUCGUUUGAAGCAAAAGGAAAUGGCAGAAAAUGGCUACUCAGUGGCGGGAGACAAUGUCCAGCAUAAAAGUAUGGCAUCCCCUCUGUCUGAGAAGAAGGAAGGGAGGCAGCGCGACGACCGGCGGCCGAUAACCAUGCAUUUUGGGCAGCCAGAGAAAAUCCCUCCACCUCGGCCGCCUCCUCCAAAGAUAAACUGUACUCCUCCACCCGCAAGACCUCCAAGACCACCAGUUAAGAAGCCAAGAAGUAAUGCACUAUCGGCAGAGACGCGAAUAGCCUCCAUUUCAAGCCCAGAUCAGCCUCAGCCAUAUAAAACUUUAAAGGAAUCUGAUGCUGUUGAUGGAGAAGAUUUGGGUACUGAGAAGAGGCAGGGGCAUAACAUCUUUUCUGGCCUGUCAGUACCAACCAGGAAUAUGGAUGUGAACUUACUGGACGAUCUGUUCAGCAGUAUUAAGGUAACUUCACAACAUCAGCCACUCAGCCAAGCAAAGAGCAUGGAGGAUCUGAGGACCCCUAAAGAGGAAGAAAUAGAGAAUACAUUUGGAACUCAGUGGAAGGGAGUGGCUUCAUCCGAGAAGAGCAAAGCUCUAUCAACAGGACUGCACCACACCCUGCCCCAUGCCAAGCUUCGGAGCACUGUCCAUGAUGACACGGCUCUGGGGGUGAAGCCCAUCACCAGCUCGUCACCUGGGAGCAUUCACUUUGGGAGUUUCUUCACAGCGAUUGACACAGAGACUUUGAACAGAGACGUUCAGUUACCCUCCACGGAUCCUCCGCCGGGGGGCUCGGGCAACAUCACCAUUCCCCGGCCUCAAGGCAAGAGGUCCACGGACAAGGGGAUUGUGCUUCCGCCGCCAGCAGCUGUCAGUCGGGGUGCAAAACAGCAGGCCCUUCCUGGACUUGACCAAGUCUCGGCCGUGUUACAGGAUAGCUCUAAGCAAGACGUGUCCGUGUCCACUGCUGGUUCAGUGUCCGAACUGUUACAGGAGUCCACAGGAGCUGAGAAGAAAUCAGACUUAAGACCAUUGAACCUGACCCCUCAGCCUCCAUUAAGUUCUUGUGCUACUGAUAUCCUGAAACCUAUCAAAAUUGGCAAGGGAGUGGACAGCAGGAACGAUCUCUUGAGUCUUUUGGAUCCAUUGAGUUCCACUUCUGACCUCGACAGGGGCCAGUCUCCAAGUCCCAGCAUUUCAUUAGCACCUGCAUCAUCUUUGCCUUCAGCUCCUGCUCCCUUGGCUUUUGCCUCUCCAAGUACUGACCUGGGAAUAAGUACCCCACCUGCUUCCCUACAGUUCAGCCAAACUCUGGGAUACUCAACCCCCAGCCCUGCACCAGUAGCACCAUUUCCCCAACCCCCAUCUUAUCCGUUUUCCCAGACACUGCCGGCGGCUCUUCACUUCCCUCAGGCCCAGCCUACAGCGACUCACUUCGUGUCUCCUGCAGCUUCUCCCUUUGUUCCAGGCUUCUUGCCGUCGGGUCCCGGAUACUUCCAGCCACAGAUGCCCCACCGGAACUACUCUGCACCCUCGCUCCAUCACCUAUAUGUACAGCCCACGCCACUGACUCAGUCAGGGACUUUCAGCAAGCAAAGUACAAUCUCCUCCACCAGCCUGGGUGGAACAAGCUAUGCAAAAUCAGCAGGGAGUGUGGCGGAUUCCAAUUCCGCCGUGGCCAGCAGAGGGAAGAAUUUGACUGAGCCACCAAUGGUCCCACCAAAGCCUUCGAAAGGUCUGGAAAGAAUUCCGCAGCCAUGCGACACUGGGGUGGCCGACGAUCCAUUUGCAAUAUUGCUUAAUGCGACAAAGAAGGAGGCAGCAAGUUCACAAAGUCGAGUAGACCAGCUCAGGAAGAAGUGGGAGACGUUUGACUAAUAGCUGACGCGCAGUGUCCCGUCAUUAAGUGAACAACGCCAGAGUGUCCAUACACUGUGGCCUUUGGAUGUCUCAUAAAAAAAAAUAUCACAUUGCAAAGAGUACGCUGUACGAGAUAAUUGUGUAUGGUUUCUGUAAUAGCCAUAGGCAGUGGAUCUUGUAUCCAUUCUAGUUAUGGUGAGGUAUUGUAACACUAUACUUAAUCCCUAAGGCAAGUCAACACAACCUCUUCGAUAUGGUGAUUUACUGUGACUUUUGCAGUUUCUUUCCUGCAAAGAAGUACUUCUGCAAAGCUGCCGAAGUUCAACGUGAGAUUGGCUUCUUUCGUUACUUUUGAUUCCUCUUUCCUUUUGCUUGCUCAGUGAUGCCGUUCGAUGUGCACACCACUGUCACCAUUACUCAGCACAGCGUUUAAAUAUCUGCAUCAGUUAUGAAGUACCACGGCGUAUAUUUGUCAGUGUGGUGAUUCCUUUUGCAGCACCUUUCCAUUGUAGUGCUCUUGGUCAGACAGUAUUUUGAUAAUUAUGUGAGUUAUCAUGAAAUGAUUGCUGUAUUUAUCGGAACAUUUCUUAACUAUCCUCCCAUGACAUCAGAGAGUAAACACUAAACUCCUGAACAUGAACUUUUUUUCAAAGAAUUAAUUAUGACAAAGUAUUGUCUAUUUAUUGUAACUGUGUGCGCAGAGAAGGCAAGGCAAAUCAGUGUUCAUACAUUUCUCUUCCAGCUCAGUAAAGCUGCUUUAAUUCAGGCUUGUUAGUGAAAGAUCUUAUAUUGGUUUUAUUGUGGGAUAAGUUCGGCAUCAAAUGAUUAAUAGAAUUUUCAAUUUAGGUUUGUUAAAGUAUAAUCUUCAGCACUGUGUCUAAUGUACGGCCACUACUAGUGUUAAGACUAACCAGCAACUUUGACCAAGUAUUAUAGUGACUGGCAUAGCGUGCUCAAAUGGAACCAAGAUCCUUCUACCGCACUGCCUCUGGGUUUGAGUGAUGCACGCCUGUGGCACUGGUGGUUCAAACACAAGCAUCAAGCAGAAACAUCAGGUGAACCUUCCCCAAGUUAUUGUAAAUCCUCACAAGGUGCAUAUAUGAACCUUUACCAGGUUUUUGAUUCAUCCAAGACUACUCAUUUCCCUGCUUGAUGCAUUUUAUCAAAACUAUCCUCUGAUCAUAAGAAGUGGUUUUGAUGCUUCUUCAAAUCCUCCUAAGCCCUGCUUCCUUGUUGGCCUAAGCACAUAUAUAUCUCCUUCCAGCUUCUGCAGAGAAGCUUUCCAACGCAGCGGCCAAACAUCGACUAACCAGAAAGAAAUCUGAAAUCAUCUUUGCAGGAAUCUCUACCAAUCUUUGUACCUACUUUGAAUUCAUGUUAGGAUGUUUUACAACCUUUGAUGAGGGAAUGUAUGCUAACACACUUGUGGCUCUGUUUGUAGAAAGCUGUUUUCUAUCUACCCAAUGUUCAUGGACCAUCUCUGAUGUAAUUCUGGUUAUACUUUUAUAGUACUGAAGGAUGAAAAGGGAUCAGACGACUAAAUUAAUAUGAUCGUGUGUAGUUUAAGCCAGAUUUUACCUCUCAUACUCUACCUACUUCUAUAAUGUGCUGGACAAUCCCGAUGCAGAGCAACAUACACGAAACGCUGGAGGAACUCAGCAGGUCAGGCAGCAUCUAUGGAUAGGAAUAAAUAGUAUGUAUUUUGGGCCAAAACCCUUCAUUAUUGAGCCCCAAUGAAGGGUCUCAGCCUGAAGCAUCAAGUGUUUAUUCCCCUCCAUAGAUGUUGCCUGACUUAAUUAGUUCUUCCAGUGUUUCGUGUAUGUUGCUCUGAAAUUACAGCAUUUGCAGAGUCUCUUCUGUUUAUCAGUCCAAAUGCAUUUUGUGUUUGGUUUGGAACCCAUUUUGGUUCCUUGUUUUUCCUUGGAAAAGUUAGUUUAGGUCAACUACAUUUAAAGCUUAUGGGUAACGUGAACUUCUUUAAGGUAUCAAUGUUUGUGUUUUCAUUAAAACCAUGAUAUAUAGAAUAAGAAUUCUGCCCAUCAAGUCUGUUCCACAGUGAGGCAUGUAAUCAAUCAAGAACAUCAUCAAAACCUUUCACAAAUAAUUGUGGGUCUGAUAAUCAAGUGGCAAAUUUAGUAUUUGUAAACUGCCAUGUGUGACAUUGUCUCUGCAGUAACACACACACAUUGCUGCUGUAGCAUCAUCUGUACAGUAAUGUGCACACAGUGCUGGAGGAACUCAACAUCUAUGGAGGGGAAUAAACAGUUGACUUUUCAGUCCAAGACACUUCAUCAGGACUGGUGAACAGUCUCAGCCCGCAAUGUUGACUGCUGAGUUCUUCCUGCAAUUUAUAUGUGUGUUAUUUUGGCAGUUGAGCACCAACACACACAACAUUCACACACACACUUUCACACAUGCACAUGCUCUCUCUCUCACACACACACACACUUUGUCUCACACUCAUUCACACACAUCUAUGUCCACGUAAGGUCCACAGAUGGUAUACAUUUCAUUACACAGUCACCACCUACACCCACGUUCAUUCUGAGCAUGGAGUAAGUGGAGAAUGAGAGCAUUGGGUGGAGUAAAUUGAAAAAUGAACAAAUUUAAAUAUUUAUCAAUAUAUAAAAUGAGCUUCGUAAAUAACAUAGUUUGAGUUUUUUCAACUGUUAAAGAUACUUCUCACCUGCCACCAAGCAAAAGUAAUAUCUGACUUUUAAUAUAUUUCAUUGUUUUUACAAUCCACUCAGGAAACCUAGAGUAUUUACUGAUUAGUCUUGCCUCAUUUUAGUGACUGAACUUUCAAAUAUCGGAAGUGGAAUUUUAAGGAGCUCUAAUCAUGGAACUUGCUCACUAAUACUUGGAUAACAAGGUACAAAUUUCCAAGCUCACGAUACAGAUUAUUGCUGGAGGUUUUGCCUGUGGUGAUUUAUUUUGCACUGGAAAAGGGUGGCAGCCGACCAACGGCAAGAUCGGGAAGUGCUUUCAUUGGCGUGGAUUCUCUCCAUUUGUAAAACUGGCUUGUGCUUACUGCCAAAGUUUGUUAUUAGUGCAUUUAUAGUUUUGUAAGUUUUCUUCUCAAAUUUUAUUAUAAAAUAAAUAUUGCAGCAACACAACUUAAAUUAGUGCUGAAGCCACAAAGACUGAGGCGUUACACUACAUUUGUUCCUAUCCACAGACACUCACAAAAGAAACCUGGCACAACUUUCUAAAUAAAUAAUUAGUUUCACACAACCUUUAAACACACUUAAGAUGUAGUAGGUUCAAAAUUUCCAUAUUUACAAUAACUGUUACCUUGAGUAAUGAAAUAACUUCUUUGGAAAUCUAUCUGAAUUAGUCAAUGAUAUUUCAGUGGCUUUUGACAAGACUCUAAUGCAUUUCCUGAGAAUUGCAGUAACUUGUUAAUGUGCCUGGAACACUACUGAAUGUAAGAUAGUGCAGUUUACUGAAACCGAGGUAGUGUGAAGAGAAACACAUACAAAAUCCUGGAGGAACUUAGCAGGUCAGGCAGUAUCUAUGAAAACGGAUACAGAGUUGGUGUUUCUGGCCGAAGCCCGUCACCAGGACUGGAAAGUAAGGGGGAAGAUGCCAGAAUAAGAAGGUGGGGGUGGGGGGGGGGGGAGGAGGUAGGAGGAUAAACUAGGUGAUAGGUGAAGUCGGUGACCACUCUCAGUGGAGGAGCAACACGCGAUAUUCCAUCUAGUGGCCUCCAACCUGAUGACAUCAACAUCGAUUUCUCAAACUAAUGGUAUUUCCCCCCCACCCUCACUUUCCCUCUUCUUUAAUUCCCCAUUCUGGCCUCUUACCUCUUCUCCUUACCUGCCUAUCAUGUUCUAGCAUCUUCCCUCCCUCCUUUAAAGUCCAUAUGAAGGGCCUCAGCCUGGAGCAUUGACUUCUUGACCUGCUAAAUCCCUGCAGCAUCUGUGUGCAUUGCUCUGGGUUUCCAACAUCUGCAAAAUCUCUAGUUCUGUAGUAUCCAAAGCAGCAUUAACACUCAUGAAUCCGUUACAUUUACUAAAUCAGUGGCCCACACAAUAGGGGUAGCCAGUCUUGGCAUUGUGUAAUAUGAUGGCAGGAUUCCUGUUUGAGCUUAUUCAUUGCUUUUACAACUUGGCUGAAUAAAUGCUGCUAAGUGUUCCAAGUUCCUGGGUAUAUUGCGACGAGUGUUUCUUUACCAGCAGUGCUUAUCUGGUUUUGUCCUAUGCAUCUAUUUCUGGUUUAAUAUAUUUGUCACGAAUAUGGUGAUUGUGUUUUAUGUAUUGAAUUCUAUGAUGUGUGGCAAAAGCUUUCACUUUGCCCAUUAGGAAUCUGCUUGAUGUAUUGGGCAACAGUAACACAGACUUAGUACGUGACCGCAGAGGAUUUUCCACAGAGCUCUCAUUUAGACUGCCUACAGUUGUAAGUAUAUGCACAGUGAAUUUUAGAUAAUGUUGAUAUUAAGCAAUAGCUAUUAAGUUUUUAUUUUUAAUUGCAAUAAUAACACAGCUAGUAUUUGUAACCAAGGCCCCAGUGACACUUUAUAACUGGUAUUAGCAGUUUCCUGUCAAGUAUUAUGGAAGGCUAAUGGUUUACACAUUUAGAAAUCUGUUAUUUUGUUGUAGAAUCUUAUCAACACUAUAAUUCUCAAUCUUUUUUUUAAAUCCAUGCAGGAAUAUAAAAUUCAUAUAAUUACAUGUUGCCUAUAAAUUGCCCAAAAGAUCUGUUGUUUGAAAAAUACAGAAGGCCGGGUUCAGUGAGAGUUGCCAUGCUUUUGCCCAGGGCUUUUCUUUGUGCUGCUUUCCAAAACUGGUUGUGUACAGAGAUUUCUGCAUUUCUAUGUCCAAAGACACUGUUUAGUUUCUGAAAAAAAGUGUAGAAUCAAAGUAUUUAGAUAAUGGUUCACUGCACACAUUACUACGCCCAGCUCCGAGGCAGCUAGGGUGAGAUACAGUGCAUUAUUAUUUUUGUGUUCUAUUAUUGAUUAUCACUCAUACAACUGUGAACAAAUGAAUUUUGUAAUUAAUACAGUGAAAUGGACUUGUAAGCUGACAGAAUGAUGCUGAGGGACUUAAAAGUAAUAAAAUUAAUGAUUCUCCUGUGUAA